AUGGCUAACAGUGACAAUACCUCAGACAUCAGCAACGAACCUCUUGCGCAGCUCGACGAAGAGACAGCGAUCACCCAGGUUGUUAUCACCUAUCUCCAGACGUUGUCACUGAACGACGAUGGAUGCCGCGUCCGCGAAGCUGUAGAGGCACUUCUGCAUGCAUUAUCCAAUCACUGUGUUUCUGAAAGUGCGACGCGACGGUGGGCUUGCAAGACAGCAUCCCGCAUAUACGCCAGCAAGAUCUUGGCAUUAUCGAAGAAGGAGUCGGGCCUGCACUUUGGCGUGUCAUCGGCUAGAGCAGAUCAGCUGAAUGAUUUCGACCUCAACGAUCUUGCCACACAGUUUCAGGCCACCGCGCCGGACUUGUGGAGAUGCUACAAACGUCUACUAGCAGCCGAUCCUGCUACGACUCACUUGCGCGAAAGGAGACAGCAGCGCCGGAUGGACACAAAAGCAGCAGCUCGCGAAGCCGUUAGAUUGCGAUACAAUCUUCAGGAAAAUGAGGUUGACGAAGAUUUGGAUAGUGACGAUGAAGACGAUCCGCUGCUUGACGAUCGUGCAAGUAAAGCGAGAGAGUCAACGAUGAACAUUCGCAAGGUGGUUCUAACGAGUGUUAUGCUUCAGAGCACGAACCAGUUCUGCAAUGCGCUUCAAAGUGUUAUGGGGGUGUUUCUGCACUCAUGCAAUGCACCGGAAGAUAUCAUCGAGGUUCUCGCGCGAAUGGGUGUAUCGAUAUCGACGACAUCAAUCAAUGAUGCGAUCUCAAGCUUGUCCAAGGAGUCCAGUAAUGGAUUGAAGGCCCUAGGGAGAACGUUAACGGCCUCGUUUGCAUACGAUAAUGUCGAUAUAGAACUGAAGCACACCGUUCCGACUCUGGAGAAGCCCCAUGAGACGCUGGUCCAUCUCACGUCCGGCACAUUAAUUCCGCUGGAGCAUGGGGUUGUUAGAGAAGAUUUGAGCUGCUCAAAGGAGCUAUGGGAGCGGUCAGCGAUGAAUCCGGCACGAACAGUAGCAGUCGAACCUACUGUCAGCGAAGACGAGCUUCUGAAACUUCACCAGGAAGCCAAUUUUGAUUCUUCAGGGCUUCUUCGGCAAGGGCGAUUCAAUGCCUGGGUGUUUAGGCGUGACUUGGUGAAUCAUGGACCAGUGUUCUUUCGUCGCUACAUGAAGGACUUGGGCACACCAGAGGUUGUAGAUCAGAUUCCCGUCACGAAAUCAGUUCAAGUCCCUGUGCGAAUGAUGGACAUUAGUCCAUCGACACCACAGGGAAACGGCGAUGCUCUUGCAGACCUAUUCCAUCAAGCAAAUAUUGGCGAUCCCACCGAGAAAGGCUGCGACGAAGUAGCAGAUAUUAAGAACUAUGUCAUGCUUGUCCAUGGAGACUUACUCACUGGCGAACGGAUCCAAAGCUUCCAGGCGUCGCGUCGUAUCGAGAAGACCCCAUGGCGGCGGAACCAGUUCCUAAUCUACGUCAUGGGGCUGUUCCACUUGAAGAUGGCAUGUGCCGAUGCAAUAUGGCGAAUCUGCAUUUUCCCCAAGUCCGCACGAAACGAUCCAUCGAGUUUGAUUAAAUUCGUCGGCAUUCUGCGUAAGAAGGAGACGGCCAAGAUUGAAACCAAACCGGGAUUUCGACGGAUGCACGAAGUGAUUGAACACGUCGGUAUCGUGUCGCGCUUGAACUCUUGGAAAGCUGUGGUCUCAAAGCACUAUCAAUCGGUACUUACGCUCGAAGAUUUUGCAAAGAAGGAACCUACCUGGGAAGACAUCGAGGUCAUGUCAAUUGAGCUCGCGAAGCAAUAUGUUGCCGGCCCGUCAUUCCAUGAAAUCCGGGAGGAGAGCUUGCUGGAAAGAGAUAGAGUCAACGAAAACAUGAUCCUGCUGCAAGAGUACUUCUUGCUAUAUGAAGAACUCACCCUUUCAAUGAACGAAGGUGACAUUGGUCGCCUGGAGAGUGUAUUUAUGCCGUGGGUAUACAUCUUUCGAGGCUGCGGCAAGCAUAAGUAUGCCAUGCAGUUGCUCAAGUACCUACGUGACGUUCAUUUCAAAUAUCUGCCGUUCCCCGGCUUGCGGAAUGCGAUACGGAAGAACAUACUUUGCAACCCCACAGGAACCCCUGGACAUUUCCGCGGCAUUGACUGGUGGGUCGAACACAACAAUCUAUACUUGAAACGGAUCUACGGUGGGAAAUAUUCGAACCACACGAAGGCGCGAAUCAUCAAGGAGUCGCCGCUCAUCGAAACAUUCAAGAAUGUUCGAAUUCAAGUGGCGAAGAUGUUCCACUUGGAUCACCGUACCAUUAAGCACUCACCUGCGAAGUUGCAGACCACGUUCAGAGCACUGGGCGCGUACUUGGACGAGAUUAAAGCCAACGAGUUUGUUCCUGGUAGGGGGGUUAAUCAUAGCAUCGAAGAUAAAAAGAGCGAAGGUAUUUUUCUGGGAAUGACAAAGGAUUUCAAAGGGAUGCGGGGCGAAGAUAUGGAGAUGGAAGGAGAAGAAGGAGAAGAGAACGAAGCAUUGGGGGAUGAAGAAUUAGAAGUCGAGGGUGAAGACGGCGACUUGGAUGUAUAG